GCUCCUCAUCUCCCUAGCCCUACUUCUUGGUUGCCCAGUUAGCCCCACAUAUUUAGUUUCCUCUAGUUGCUAUCAGUUAAAGCAAUUACCAAGGAUAACUAUAGACAGAAACCCACCAACUCUUACUCUUUCAUAUACCAAUGGCAUUAAACUUGAUACCCAAGUUACUGUUGGUCCUGGUUCUAUCCAUGACUACAUUUUCAUCCAUAGCCAGUAGCAGUAAAGAGUACAAAGAAACCCACAUGUCCAUGUACCUUCAGGACUUCCUUACCGGUCCAAAUGUCACAGAUAUACCAGUUGCGGGUGUCGCUGGAAAGCUUUGGGCCUUCAAUCAAUUUGGAACAGUUUAUGUCAAUGACAACCCUCUCACCGAAGGCCCAAGCCCACAAUCGGCAGAGGUGGGCCGAGCCCCAGGUAUUUUUGUGGCUUCAGCACUGGACGGAUCUAGUGGCCUUGUUGCGUUUUCAGUAGUGUUCACAAACAAGGAGUACAAUGGCAGCACCAUAGAGAUACUAGGAAACAGUAAAAUACUGGACCCGGUUAGAGAGCUUUCGGUGGCAUCCGGUACCGGAAAGUUUCGGUUUGCUAGAGGGUACGCUACGCUUGAAACCUAUUUUCUGGACAUUCCGAGAGCAUACUCGAUCGUACGACUCAACAUAACAGUGGAACACAAGUAGAGAACUAAAAUAGUGUGUAUGAGAGCUGAAUAGGGAGCACUUGUUCGUUUUGUAUGGACUUGUGGUUGCCUUAAUUUGGUUUUUAUUUAGCACCAGUUUUCCAGCGUUAAAAGGGGUAUUUCUUCUCCAACUAAAAAUAAAAGGAAAUCUAGCUAUGUAAUAUGCAAUAAUGUUGGUUUGUCAUCGUCAGACUUGGUUUGGUGGGAUGAGGCUCCUCUUUUUAUUCUAGAUCUUUGUCGACGAGAUAAGCUUGGUUUUCUAAAUUUCCGGUUUCUUUGAGUUGUAUUUUAUUUAUCUUUUUUAUUUGUUUUGAAUGAAGGUAGUGCCUCCUUUAAUUUUCUUUUUGGCUAAGGGCAUGGCUAUUGUCCUCCUCCCUUUUGUAAUCUUUUAAUUCUCUUUUAAUAAAAUUGGG